GGAAAUAUGGGGUCUGAAAACCCAAGCCCGCAGAACCCUGGCUGUAAGAUCAUGACCUUUCGUCCCACCCUCGAGGAGUUCCGGGACUUUGGGAAGUACGUUGCCUUCAUUGAGUCGCAAGGAGCUCACCGAGCGGGGCUCGCCAAGGUCAUUCCUCCGAAGGAAUGGAAACCCCGGAAAACCUACGACGAUAUAGAUGACAUGGUUAUCCCAGCUCCUAUCCAGCAGGUGGUUACUGGGCAGUCAGGGUUGUUCACCCAGUACAACAUACAGAAGAAACCGAUGACUGUGGGAGAGUACCGGCGCCUGGCUAAUAGCGAGAAGUACGAUGUGGAAGAAUGGAAUAUUGGCAAUCUGAACACCCUCUUGGACAUGGUAGAACAUGAGUGUGGUAUUAUCAUAGAAGGUGUAAACACUCCCUACCUCUACUUUGGGAUGUGGAAGACAACGUUUGCUUGGCAUACAGAGGACAUGGAUCUCUACAGUAUCAACUACUUGCAUUUUGGCGAGCCAAAAUCCUGGUAUGCCAUACCCCCGGAGCACGGCAAGAGGUUGGAGCGGCUGGCGAAAGGAUUUUUCCCAGGAAGCUCUCAGGGAUGCGAUGCUUUCCUCCGUCACAAGAUGACCCUCAUUUCGCCCUCAAUCUUGAAGAAAUACGGCAUUCCUUUUGACCGGAUCACCCAGGAAGCUGGGGAGUUUAUGAUUACAUUUCCUUACGGUUACCACGCUGGUUUCAAUCACGGCUUCAACUGUGCUGAGUCCACCAACUUUGCCACUUUGCGCUGGAUUGACUAUGGAAAAAUGGCAACCCAAUGCACUUGCCGCAAAGACAUGGUGAAGAUUUCCAUGGACGUCUUCGUGAGGGUCCUGCAGCCCGAACGCUACGAUCUGUGGAAGCAAGGGAAGGAUAUUGCAGUCCUGGACCACAUGAAGCCCACGGCUCUGAGCAGCCCAGAACUGGACGCCUGGAACGAGACGAAGGCUGAUUUGAAGGCUAAAUUACUUCGCAGGAUAGGAGAUGAGGAAGAGGACAACAAACACCGGUCGCACAGAAAAAGAAGUCAACCCAGGAGACACAAAACAGAGGAUCAGAAGUCUCUUGGGGAAGUCAUGGCUAUUGAAACUGCCUUGGAAGAUGUGAAAGUAAAAGAGGAGCUGAAAAAGGGGCCAGAUCUAGAGGAAGAGGAGAGGAGCAAAGUGGCAGAGGGAGAAGGUGAGG